AUGCGGGACGUGAGCGCGCGCUUCAAGUACAGCGAACGCGAGUUCCAGGCGCAUCUCAAGACCAUAAACCUUGGUAAUAACACCAACAGUGACGAUUUGGUGAACAAGUCUCCGCCAAUUACCGCCAACGCUACACGUAAUACAGAUGAUGAAGCAACAGACGCUUCCCCGUCGCGUGAACUCAUCAACAGCCACAUUCAAAAAUUGUACCGCGACGUUGACGCUGCCGCCAAGCCCGCAACGGACUGGGUGGCCGUAAGCGCCCAGAUCUGUAAGGAUCUCGAUCCAUAUACAGUGCUAAAGCUGAAUGGUUUUUCGCUAGGUGAUGCAUGUACUCGACUGCUCGGCGACGUGCUGGCUCAAGACGCAUCAAAGUUGCGUACGUUAGAUCUUGGAUUUAAUCGACUGACAGACAAAGGCGCGACUCGAUUGGCUGAAGUACUAGAAUCAAAUGCGUCGCUUGAAAAUCUGUAUCUAUCAGGCAAUGAAAUUGGACCCACGGGAGCCCAAGCUUUGGCUCGUGCCUUGAUCAAGAACACGCACUUGCGUAGUUUACACCUCAGCGGCAAUAAUAUUGGCGAAGAUGGAGCUCGCUUUUUGGCAGACGGUAUUGCAGGCAACACAGCACUUCGAGCACUCUAUCUGGGCACGAAUGGCAUAGGCGCAGCUGGCCUAAAGAGUAUUGCAACAGCAUUAACUCAUAACAAGUCGUUAGAGGAAUUGACGCUGGGACAGAACAGAGUGGGAAGUGCAGGAGUGAGUCAUUUAGCUUCCGCAUUUGCCACUGGCCAAGUAGCCCUGUCGACAUUGGAGCUCGGUAAAAAUGGUGUGGACCAGGAAGGUGCGAUUGCCCUUGCGCGUUCUUUGUGUGGAGCGAAUCGGCUGCAAAACUUGUACAUGGAUCAUAAUCCAUUAGGCGACGUGGGUGCUUGUGCGUUUGGUGCAUUACUUGCUCAGAAUACCGAGCUACGGGUGUUGGAUCUAAGCUACACCCACAUGUCGCUCUUGGGGCUGCGCGAGCUUAGCGUCGUAGGGCUGGCUAGAAAUUCUGCCUUGCUGUGUUUGCUCGUGGAUGGUCACGAUUGGGCGAGUACUCAAUAUAUGAAAAAGAAUCAACAUCCAAGUUUAAACGGCGCCUCGUUAGCUUCAAAGGGUGCCAACAAUUAUGCUGCAUCGUGUAUUGUCGGUGCUGUCAAUGCAAAUGUGCACUCUGUGCUGUUUAAGCUUACUGGAGUAGAUCUAAGUCUUGUAGUGGCGGCUCCAGCAACGUGCAGGUCUAGCGAUGACACGAGAGACUCCAAUAGAUUACCAAGGAAUGAAGUGAUUUUAAGAAAUUUACAUGAUGAGCUUGCUACCGCACAAGCUACAGCUACAUUAUCGGGCAACCCCGUCAAUCACAAACGAAAGUCUCCAGAAGAUGCAGGUAGCAUAUUAGCUGACAGGAUGUCAUCUGGAACCGAUUCAGGUGCAAAUAUCGAUGAUGGGGAGAAUUUGCUGCUUGUGGUUCAGCAUCCGAAGUUUCAAAAGCUCGAAGGUAAUCUUAAAGCUGGCUCUUCGUCUGGUAGUAUUAGUAGUGUUAAUGGCGGUAGCAGUGGCUCACGCUCAGAAAGUGCCAAUGCAUUGCUUGGAUUGCUACCCCCACCUCACAACGGGCCUGGCAACAGUGCGUCUGGCUCAGUGGUGGGCGGAAGCAGCUCUCCAUUUCAAGCGAAUAGCAAUCGGCCACCACCACGUGUCAUCCGAAUCCCGUCGCGUGGCUCAAUGGGUCGCUUUCCGCGAUCAGGUGGAUCUUAUGAGAAGCGAUUGUCACUAAAAAGUCCUCGCUACGAAAGCACGAUGGAAGUUCAUAUACGCAAGGUGGUUUCCGACAUCGCGAAGCUGCCGUUUAACGCGGAAGAGUAUGGAACUUUGCAGGCGUAUUAUCUUGGAAGCCCAUGCUCGUGUGAAUCAAAUAACUACAGCAAUUCAGAAGUCAAUGAUGGCACGGAUGAGCAUACGCCAUGUGCUGCUUGUCGAUCGAGUCGACUGGCACGAUAUCGCCGGACGAUGAAACUAAGAGCACGACUCAAAGCCUCCAAGCAGGCGACAGAUGUCAUCCUGCUUAAGCUGUUGCGUCAGCUUCACUACCUUGUGGGUGCUUUCCAAAACGUAGAAAAUGCUGUGCAAACUAUCGAUGAUAUCCUUGUUUCGGUGCAUGAAGAUAUAAGUGAGCUGCAAUUUGUCCCCAAAGAUGGCUAA